AGAUUUUCCAUUUCGAAAUCGAGUAGUGCGAUGACAAGAACGUGUAGAAUCUGCGGUGGCGCAGAUGGACGCUUCUGGAUCGAGACGCCAAUUGAUAAAUACGUGGAGAAAACAUUCAAUCACCUGCUGCUGGAGCUAACAAAACUCGAGGUCACUGUGGAUCAAGCUGAUAAGCUACCGCCAUGGAUCUGCCGCAACUGUGCGCACAGAUUAGAAAAUGCCUACGACUUUGUGCUGCAGGCGAGGGAAACUCACGAGCUUUGGCUGCACAAGAUGACAACAGAAUCUCUAUCGGAGGACACCGAAACUGGGACGUUGGAGUGCUUGCGAGAGACACCCAUCCAAUUGCUGGAGAUUGAGGGCGUCACAAUUAAAAUGGAGGAAGCAACCGAACCAGCCGUGCCACAAACAGAUUCAGUCGGCUCGAUUGAUCCGCUAAUUAAAAAGAGCCGAGAGGAUGAUGCCAGCAAUAAUGAUGAUGACGCUGAUAAUGACGAUGAUGAUAUUCCGCUCAAGCAGCGCCGGAUUGCAAGCACAAAACUGCCGACGAUGCACAAGUGCAAUAAGUGCGACAAGGCCUUCAAAUAUGUAACGAAUCUCUUCAGGCACAAGCGACGAGAUCACUCUCCAGAGCGCAGCCAAACCAAAGAACAGGCAGCAGUGGAAAGUGAAAAGACUGAUGGCAUGAAACCGCUCUUAAACGAUGUAAUCAAGAGCUCCAUUGCAACAACACACAGCAGCGAGGCAGACUUGGAAAGCGAAUUGGCGGAUAAUUACUACAAAUGCGAUCAAUGCGACAAAUCCUACAAGUACAUAAUGCUGCUGAUCAGACACAAGCAGAAGACGCACGCUUCCAGCCAGUGUCCAGCAGAGCCCAAACCAAUUAGAAGAAGUGGUUCGAGUGCAGAGCAAACUAAUACUAAACAAGGUUCACCGCCUCAGCGCUCGAAACCGACCAACACAGAUUCGCUUGUGCACAGCAUCAUCAAAGAGAUCAACUUACCCGAUGAGGACGAUGCAGACAGUUCCAGUGCCGACAAUUACUACAAGUGCGACCAGUGUGACAAGUCGUAUAAAUACAUUGUGAGUCUCAUCAAGCACAAACACAACGAGCACAAGGAAUACAGGGAUUCCGAUGAGGAUGAAGAUGGGGCAACGUCUUCCAGAUAUGCAGCAGAUGCCACUGCUAUGUCGAAACCGUCGCGCAUUGAUCGUCGCGUCAAAGGCUUCGAUUUGAAUCGCUGCCGGCCAAACGGUUCCAAAGAGAUUCAGUGCAUGAUCUGUCUGCGCAGAUUCAUCAAGUUGCGCGAGUUGCGUGAUCACCUGAAAGCCCAUCCUAAAGACUUUACAUUCGAUGCUCAUGGCGAGCCGAUUGAGCGCAUUGCCGAGGGAUUCUAUAAGACAGCCGUAGAAUCCACAGUUGUGGGCCUCAAGCGACGGAUCUUCAACGAUCUCAAGGUUGGCAUGCUCGGACGCUACUAUUCUAUAACAAAUGAGGCAAGGUACGAGAUGAAUCUGGACAGCUCGGACACGGACAGCGAGGGCGAAGCGGAUGUUGUGCAGCGGCAUUCAUAUGCCUGCGAAUUGUGCGACUCCGCCGAUGCCGUCUGGCCACGCAAAUAUCAAUUGCACGAGCAUCAUCGGCAGCAGCACACCUGGCUGGAGGCGCCGCACGUCUGCCAGCGCUGUGACUUCCGCUUCCUGAGCGCGCAGCUGCUCGAGCAUCAUACGCACAAGUUGUGCCAGAACACCCUGAAGCGCUUCAUGUGCGACAAGUGUCCACAGCGCUUCUUUUGGCGACGCAAUCUACGUGCGCAUCUUGUCGAGCACAAAAACAAGCAGGAGACGUAUCCGUGUGAUCAGUGCUCGCGCAGCUUUCAGGACAAGAGCGCCGUGACGAAGCACAAGCUGAUGCACCACGAUGUCCACAACGAGCUGUUGCCCUGUCGCUGGUGCACGCGCACCUUCUACCGGCCGGCGCUGUUGCACAAGCAUGUGCAGCGUCACGGCUUUAGUGGAGAGGAUCUGCCACUGGCAGAGACACUGCUGGCGGAUGCCGCCAAGCCAUCCGGUACGAAGACGAUUGUCUGCAAACUUUGCGAUAUGCAGUUCAUUAGCAUUGGCGACCUGCGGCGACACAACUCGAUGCAGGCGCACAGUGAGCAGGUGUCCAACUAUAUGAUAAGCACCGAGGAGGGAUUCGAGCUGCAGCUGGAUGAAACGGACGAGAGUGAUGAGGAGCCCACAAAUACUGCUGCCAGCCGAUCUUAUCGAUGCGAUCUGUGCGAGAUGACCUUCCUGCGAAGGCGCGACAUGAGCGAACAUCAGUAUUCGCUGCACACCUUCGACAAGCUGCCACAUUCCUGUAAGCAUUGCAUUUAUAAGACAGUCGAUAAGACCAUGCUAGAGCACCACCUAAGCACACAGUGUCUUAACGAGGAGAAGAAAUUCAAGUGCUCUCGUUGCGGCUACAAAUUCAUGUGGCGCGAAAAUCUGGAGCAGCACAUGAGCACUCUGCAUCCAAAGUCAUCAUCUAGUCAGACGCCCGUUGCGGCGACAAAGCGGAGUAGACGUUUCCGAUACCAGUGUCCACACUGCUGGCGCUCGUUUGUGGUGCAGCCCAGCCUGGACAAGCAUAUUCGGGACAUGCAUGUGGCGAAAAAGAAUCCCGGCAAAAAGUAUCUAUGCUCGUUGUGCGGCCUGGAGUCGCUGACACCAAAUAAGCUCAGCAUACACAUGCGGCGUCACAACGGCGAGAAGCCAUUCAAAUGUGAUCUCUGCGACAUGUCCUUCACCGUGCACUACGAGCUGAAGGUUCAUCGCCGCAAGCAUACCGGCGAGCGACCCUAUCAGUGCACAUUCUGUGCCAAGGAUUUUGCCCGGCCGGAUAAGCUAAGACGGCAUGUUUACAUGCAUAGCGUUAAGCGUUAAAUCUAAGUCAAAAUCAUCGAACCCAUAACCAAAUAAAUACUUUGUAUAUUAAA